GAAGAAGAAACUCCAACAAGCUUACACAAAGAUGGAGACACUCUGUGGGAAGAGCGCAACAAAGCAUUGAAGAGCGAAGAAAGAUGGGAACACGUCGAUAAUGAGGAAUGGGAGGAUGUUGAAGAUGAUGUAUACAGUAGUGUGAGCAAAAGUGAACACCUCUUGAGUGGUUUAAUAUACGAAGAUGAUACGGAACUAGUGUUACCCUCUGGACAUCGUUCGCUAUGGAAUAUUACAAGCAAUGCCUGCGGCCUGAAGAGGAACGCGAUUCUGGCAUCAUUAACCGUCUCAUCACUCAAUAUGGGGAAGUUUUGGUUACACUCGAAAUUCUGGAGGUUCCUUGCCAUAAAAGGCAGUCAAGUCAAGUGA